CUUGAAAGUCGAACUCUAUGCUUGGCAUUGUGCGUUAAGGCAAGCGAAACUUUGGUACAAGAGUGGUGCGAAUAUGAUUGAUGAGCUACGUCAAGCACAAGAUUUGUGGAGAGCUGCGAUGACCAAAUCGAAAGGAAAACAAAAAAAAGGUGAUUUCAUUAAUUUAGAAUGUUACGAGUUUGUUAAGGGGUUUCAACAAUUUGAAGACAUUCCAAACCAUUCCUCUUCGGCUGGAGGAACCUCCAGGGGAGAAACUGAACGGAUGCACACACAACAAUCCGCUCCUGAUUCUCAUGUCCAGUUGGACAUAGAUGCAGAUGAGGUAAACGCCGAUGCAACUCCAAAUCCUUCGGUGAGGCCUCAAGGAAAGAAGGCUGCCAAAGAAGCUCUUCGGAAAGGAAAGAAAGCAUCUAAUGAUUUCAGUCAUCUGACAGCCGCUGUGGAGACUAUAGCAACCAACCAAACAUCAAUGAUGUCUGCCAAGGAGAAACGUGAUGAGGAAUAUGCUUGACAUCUCCGUGACCAACAACAACGAGAUUAUAUACGCUUGCAAAUGGAUAUGCGAAACGAGGCAUUCAAAAUUCAAGAGAGGGAAGAGCGUAUUAUGGAGAUGGACACAAGUAAGAUGACGCCAACCAAAAAGAAUUACUGGCAAAGAAAACAAAAAAAAAAUUGCAGAGAAAGAAGCUGAAGAUGCAACCCGUGGAUCUAACAUCCCACAACCACCAUUCCCCGGUGGGUAUUAUCCACAAUCUCCUUUCUCCGGUGGCUAUCCACAACCUCCUUUCCCCGAUGGCUAUCCAC